AUGGAAGUAUGUACUCCACACACUCCAAAGAUGGAUGCUGAACAAACAACCAGCGUGUGCGAACCAACUUCUUCCCAGAAUGAUUUGGUAAAAUUGUUUAAAAAUAUAUAUAUAUAUAUUGUUACUAGCCUACUAACUUUUAAGAACACAUAGGUAUUAGGAAGGUACAUCAUUUUAGAUUCUGUGCGUAUAGCAAGGAAUGUAUUGAUUUUACUGUGGUGUGUUCUUAUUUUCGUUAUAUCUAUUAAUUACUUUUCUACCGAGAACCGUGUCCUAAUCAAAAAAACAAAGAUCUUUUUAGAAUUUUGAAUCUAGUUGGUACAUUGAGGAGGUAAUUUUUUCAUUAUCUAAGUAAUUUUCAUAGUAAUGGGAAAAAUCGAGAAUAAACGCAGGAAAACCGAAAGUUAACUACAUUAACGAUUUUAUAUUUAUUAUUUUCAAUAUAGUUUUUUUAUUCGUUUCUUUAUUUAGUAUUUAAUGAAAUUUUUAAGACCUUACACUUUUAGCAGAAUACAUGUAUAAUGGCCUUUUUUAGAUAUAGUAAAAUUUUCAGAAAAUACCUUGUGGUUUAUUUAUUAGUGCGCGUUUGAUAUUUUCAAGUUUUUUAUUUUUUAUUUGGUUUUUAUGUGAAUAAAAUUGUUUUGGCCAAGUAUUCAAUUUUACUGGAGGUUCAAUAUAAGUUGUUUUUGACGAUCAAAAUUCAUUUUUUAUACGGUUUUAAAGUUAAAAUUUUGGUGAAAUCGUGAAAAUAAUGCGGUCUCUCACAUAUUUUUUGACCACAGUAAAUGUUUGAAAAUUUAACACAAAGUUUAUCAUUUGUUGUAUUUGACAGUUAACCUAAAAGUUGAUCGUAGUAUAAUAUUUUUUUUAAGCAUUUUAAUUUGAAAUGUUUACUCAAAUCCUGAAAUUCAUUGCAUUUUAAUACAUAUUUACUGGAACUUCACUCAGAAUCCUAUUUCUUUAUCAACGAUUUAUCAUUGCUUAUAGAUAUAAAUUAAAGAACUUUAUAUGUCUUAUUAUCUUCUCAACAUUCCAUCAACAGCAAAAAACAACAAAAUUUAAAAUAAUGAAACCAUUAUAAAACCAUUCAUAAAAAUGAAUUUCCAUAAAAUAUCACGAUUUUGUGCAUUUGUUAUUAAGAAAUCUAAACCGAAUAUCCGAAAACCUCUUUUAAACUUACAAACUAAAUACAAUUUUCUCUCAGAAAAGAUUUUUUUUCUUGAAAAUAGAGGAAUUUUUCUGGUUGAAAACAAAUCUGAACAUACUUAAAAAUACGCGUAGUGACUGAUAAAUUAAUACAUUAUCAUUUUUUUCAUAAUUAACGGUUUUUAAACUAAUUUUUAGCGAUGCCUGCACUCAUCAUUUUUAUCAGUUUUGUGAUUACCUAGGUGCAGUUAUUUUAUUCUUCCAUCGCGUAAUCGCGUAAUUUAGUAUCAUACUAUCACCAAUUAGAAAUAAUAUAUUACUGUACAUGUUAAAAAUGUUAGAAUUUAAAACCGCUGUUACAUAGAAAUUAUUCAUCGGAUAUGAAUGCGUGAUGCAUUAAAAUAUUUAGAAUAAUAUCUUUUUACAAAUUGGCUAUAAUGAAAAUUGUUCAAAGUGAAAUAAUAUAGUUAAUUUUUUAUUUUGUGUGUUUAGGGGAUGAAAAUAAAAAUUUAAUUUUUCUACAAAUCAAUGUCUCCCUCAAAGAUCGAUUGAAAAAAAAAAAAAAUUAAUACUUACAGCUUUAGAAAAAUCCGUCAAACACAGUGGGAUACGCUGUAUACACUACUACCUAUAUUAUAACUACAAUAUAUAACAUAUUUUAUAUACCCAUACUACUGUACUGUAUUCUAUGUAUUUUAUGUCUUUGAAUAUUGGUCACGGUUGGUUCGAUUGAAAAUUUGAUAGUUCGACUCAUCACCACUAUUAUACACUUUUUACUGUUUUGUACACAGUUAUAAUAAUUAAAAAAAUAAUAAUGUAAGGGGGUUUUAUUCUUUGAUUAGAAAAAUGUUCGCUGUUAGUAAUUACGCUACACACUGUUUUGCAAAUGAUCGCCGUAUAAUGUCGUCAUCGGUAUUCAUUAUUCAUUACAUUAAAUCAAAAUUUGUCAUAUAUCAUACCGGACCGAGUGAAAGAGCUACUACCCUGUCUCUCCACCACAGAUACGCCUAGUGAUGUAAAUUUGUAUGAACAUUUCUUUUGUAGGAAAUGUUCUUAAAAUUGUUCAUCAAUUUCUCAACAAAUAAAUCCCUUGAUAUUAUUAAAAAUUAAAUUUAAAAAAAUAAAAAAUAUUAUUAAAAAUUUCGUAUAUUUACUUCAGUGUAAAUGUUGAUUUGUUGAGUGUGCAAACAUUUUACUACUUUUUACUAAAUUGUUGUUAUUUAUUGUUUGUCAUUUCUACAAUUUUACACUCUUUUUUAUAAGUAGUAUCAUUGUAUUUGGUUUUAACACAAGACCACAAGUCACAACUAAUUAUAAAUUAUAAUUGAUAAUUAGUUUGUAUUCAACAUGUAUUUACCUAUAUAUAUUAAUUUUUGUUUAUGUGCAUAGUCGUUUAAUUCUUAUUUAAAUAAUAAAUAUUUAACUUUAUAACAAAUUAGAAAAAAAAAUAAGAAGAAGAUUAUACAUUCCGGUUACAUUAACUACACUUUGCCGUUCGCAGUAAUUACAUAUAUAGUGUUUACUUGUUAAACUCAGUUCCAUAACGCGUGCAAUGAAAUAGACAUUUUUUUUAAUUGUUAAGCCAUUGUGGAAUGUAGAAAUUAUCAAUAGUCAAAACAGUCAUGUUUCACCUAAUUAUUAUCAUUUAUAUUAGAUUCAAGCAUUGAUAACUAAAAAUAUAAAUGUCUGUGUUGCAGCGAUACUAACCAAACAACCCCAAAAACUAAUUAUGUUAAGAAACGCACAUAACAAUUAAAAUUUUUGGUAAAUUUAAACGAAAAAAAUGUUCAAGCUUGCACCUCUAAGUACGCCACUGUUGCGAUCUUUUUCUGCUACUGCGCUAGUGAAUUCCAAAAAAUGUUUACACUUUUCGAGGUAACAACUAAUAACGAGUAUUUUACGGAAAAUUAAUCACCUAUGUGUUUGAAAUUCAAACGGUAUUGCACUAAUAUAAUAAUAAAAAAAACUUAACACACGGGUGCAGUCACUGCUGUAAGAGGGAAGAUAGAAAGAUACGAUACAGAAAGACAUUUAAUGUAUAUCUGUAAGCAACUAUAAACCAUUGCUAACGAAAAAACGAUUCUGGGCGGAGUUCAGUUAUUAGUGAUGAUUUAUCAAUAAUAUAUGUGUCAUAUUAUGGUAAAAUAACUAUACAGACAUUAAAUAUUUUCUUUAGUAAUAUUUGUUUAAUAUUGUACCGAUUUUCCUACGUUUUUCUCGGUUUUCUCGUGUUUUUUCCCGGUCUUUCACAUUUGCUAGGAAAACUCUUAAGAAAAUCGAAAAAUAACCUAUUUCGAGUGCCUCCUCAGUCAAAUUUCCUUUCACUAAAAGUGCUGUCAUUGUAAAUUGGAGCAAGGUUGCUAGUUGAAAAGUUGUUCAAAGAUAAAAAAAAUAAAUAAACAUCAUUGUAAAAUUAUUACAUUCGUUUCUCUGCUUAGAAUCUAUAAUUGUAAUGAACGUGUGGGGUCACAUGGUCACAAAUAUAUCACUAUACUUAAUACUCAUAGGCUUACAAAAUGGCCUCAUAUUUUCAGUUUAACCCGAAUACACAAUUAAUAUGAGAUACUUAGCAUUCGCUAUUAUUUUUUAUAUCUAUUUCAAUAAUAAACAAAUGAAUAACGACAGAUAAUAUACUGUUCAAUUUUAUUAAAUUGAAAUACCUAAAAUUACGAUAUUAUAACAGCAUUGAUAAUAUUGUGUGAUAAUCAUCGCAAUUAUAUAAUUUUAUACAAUAUCGUCAUGCUUCAAUCACCAGUUUUAUAAUUUAUAUAUAAUACAAAACAAAUAACAUAAGUAAAAAUAAUGUAUUAAUUUUUUAAUAAAGGAAAAUAGAAAACACAUAUCAAAAUAUAUCAAAUGUAUUCCAGAAAAUGAAAAAAAUAAUACAAAAUUGAAUAUAAAACUGAAUCGCUCCCGCAUGAAAACCAUUCUUUUAAAUGGAAAUAUGUCAACAUGUGUGCGUGUGUCGAACAAAAAGUAUUUUGUUAUUAAUACAUGUUCAUUUGAUUCGAUAGCGGCGAUGAUAUCUAUGGCCUAUCUUGAUCAUAAUCAGUAUAAAAAAUACAUUGAUUCUGUUUCAAAUGAUUUUUUAACAUUUUGCAAAAAUAUAGCAAAAAAAGGUACAACCAGACAAACAUAUGUUUCGCGUUUACUUUUAUUAAAAACUAUAUUUAGCACGGAUAAAGGAAUAACUGAAGUAAAAUUAAUCGAUGCUAAAUGUAAUGUACUACAUAUAAUUACACAACUUUUGAAAAACACUCCAUCAGCUACAGAAAGAAGAAUAUGCUCUAAUACUAAAUGUAUGAAUGCCAAAGACACAAUGAAAUUCAGUCCAACGAUUAUUUUAAAAUUUAGUUAUGACUUUGAGAAUUUGGAAAGAUCAUUAGUUGAUUACACCGCACCAAUGUUUAGUGAAUGUUCUGUGUGCCAUGGAAUAUUAACAUCAAGAAGAACACUCAAUAAACAUUUGUUCAUUGAAACUGACUUUUUCAAUAAUGAGGAAUUUGCACUAACGGAUUUCCCACAAACAUGUAAAAUUAACAACUCAAGGUAA